GCCAGUCAUCACUUGCCAUGCUGCCACGCAAGUUGUUGGCCCUGCCACGCCGCCUGGCGCACCCAUGGCGGCAUCGUGACCAGAUCCAUAAGGCUGUUUCCAUUCAAGCUUUGCCGCGGAGUAACUGCGCUGGAGCAUGUCGCGGCUUCUCGACGGCCGCGUCGCCGAAUGCACAACCGCUGGGGUCACGACCCGGCACCGACCACUCGACCAUUACGUUUGCCCACGAAGACCAGCAGUACCUGUCCUUCUACAAGUACGCGACGGUGAAUCCAGUGGACCUGCCGCAUCUGCGGAAAUCCAUGCUGCAGGAAUGGCGCGCGAUGGGUGUCCUCGGCCGCGUCUACAUUGCUGAAGUAGGAAUCAACGCCCAGAUCACGGUACCCGUGUCGCAGCAUGCCAUCUUUCGAUCGUACUUGCAGAGCCACCCGCAUCCCCUCUUCCACGGCGUGUUUUUCAAUUCCGGCGGCGAACUCAACGACGAAAACAACGAUCGGCAGCCGUUCCACACCCUCCACGUACGUGUCCGGUCCCAUUUGGCCAACGACGGCUUGAACAUUCCUUUGGACAUGUCGAACCGUGGCCAGGAGCUUUCUCCACGUGAAUGGCACGACGCCCUCGACGACCCUCGGCCCAAGCGCGUGUUCGAUUGCCGCAACUACUACGAACACGACGUCGGUCGUUUCGACCAUGCCGAGCGCAUCAUGGUCGAGACGUUCAAAGAAACGUUUGCCACGUUGGACGAGAUGCUGCAGGACACACCCACAGACACAACUUGCAUGAUUUACUGCACUGGCGGCAUCCGGUGCGAAAAAGUCGGCGCGUACUUGACGCAGAAAGGGUACACGGACGUGAAGCGGCUCGAAGGCGGUAUUGUCCACUACGCGCAAUUUAUCAAGCAGCACACCGACAUCCAAUCCAAGUUUAAAGGCCGCAACUUUGUGUUUGACCAGCGGUUGUCGAAUAUCAACACAGCCAUCACGGACGACGUCCUCGCGCACUGCUACACGUGUGGGCAGCCAUGCAAUACACACACCAACUGCAGCAACACCAUGUGCCACGGCUUAAUCUUGCAAUGCGCCAACUGCGCGAUAUCCUUUGACGGAGCGUGCUCCCUUCGGUGCCAGAACAUGAAGCACGUCAUGGACCAGCAGUCGCGCGAACAACGGCGCACGUUUGCUCAACAGUACGCGUACCAGUUCCAGCACCACUUAGUUCCAAACGGACGCAUUCGGCCCGGGCCUCCCGCCCGCACCCCGUCCGGCGGUCACCGCUCGUUCUCGUCAUACUCGGUACAACCUUCCGAGGAACUCUAUCAGUACGUUGUGGCCACGACCAGCUCCUUGGACAAGCACACCCUCCACCAGCUGCGCGCGUUGCGAUCAGCGAUAGAUCGGGACUGGUCACAGGACUUGACAGCCAAAAUGAUCCCGGAAGCACUUGCGGCGUACCUGCACUUCCUGUUAAAGUCGUCCGGCGCAGCGUCCGUGCUCGAAAUCGGAUCUUUUGUCGGGUAUUCUGCCCUCGCCAUGGCGUUGGCCCUGCCGGAUCCGCGCCAUCUCGUCACAUGCGACAUUGAUCCCAAAGCGCAUGCGUGGGCGUCACAAUACUUCAAAACAGCCAACAUCCCGAUCGACUUGCGCCUACAAGACGGCUUCGAGGUCGUCGAGUCCCUCGCGGCUGCCCACCGUCAGUUCGACUUUAUAUUUGUCGAUGGCAACAAAGCCGGCUACACGGCGCUGUACGAAGCCAUUUUGGACCGCCAGUUGCUGACGCCGCACGGAUUCGUUGUAUUUGACAACACGUUGUUCCGGGGGCAAGUCGUGAACCACGCCAUGGGCCAAGGUCACCCGAAAGAGAAAGUUGCCGCCAAGUUGGCGGCGUUCAACCAGCGCGUGGCCAGCGACACGCGGACGCACAGCUUCGUUCUACCGCUUUGGGACGGUCUGACGAUGGUUCGACCCGUUUUACCGAAACCAGACACGCCUUGAGGGUUGAUGCAUGACGAUUCAGAACGCAAUGUAUAGAAAAGGUGGUGGCAGCCACGAUAGGCAAUAGAGGUGCAAUUCAUGCUGUUGUUUGAAGGCAAAACACAAUUCCGGCCCGCCACAAGGACAACGCGGGCACCUGGGCGACAGUCGUUCUUAUCGUAGAGAUCGCUGGAACAGGCCACACAGUGUGCGCCACGGCGAUAUGUUUUGUGCACGUCACGUUCUGUGGGGCAGAUGCCGUGGUUGAGAUUCGACUAGAUCAUGCGAAGUGCAGCGUGGAUUCGGCGCUGACCGUCGUUAGCGAGCGCGCUCG